AUGAGUCAGGAUUACUUUCCGGGCGAAGGCUCCUCGAGGGCCGGUUCGUCUCGGUUCGCCGGCGAGGAUGAAGAACGGACUUACAUGACUGUUGGUAGCGGUUCAACCUCGGCGAGUGCUACGGCUCUUAUGACGUCUCUCAAUAACGAUUCAGGGUACGGCGGUAGUAUCGCUGGUGAUAGUGCUGCUGAUAUCGAUGGAAGCGCUGCUUGGCGCGCUGGACUGUUGGAAGACAGACCGACCCCGGUGCACACCCCGACGCGCGCCGGCGAAUGGAAUCCUGCAGCUGAGCAUGAGAAGCAAAUCGUUGCAAGCCAUGUUCACCAACUUCUAUACAACUCGAAUCGAACUAAACUUGGUCGCGCAAUCUCUCGGACCGUCGAGACGUUGAAGGAGCUCCAAGAAAUGAAUCGCCAGUGGCCUGCGCACUACCCAUCCGUGCAGAAUACUCCUCAAUCACCCUCGGAUCGGCCACAACUUUCGCACACGUACUCGGAAUUCGGCCAGGAUGGCAGCAGGCCGAAUACUCCGCCACGGCCGGAGCUCAGACGCGCAGCAACUACAACCGGUGGAGACGACCUUGGAGAAUCAAGCGCGGCUGCUGAACGCCGCGUGCCUGCUGGUCCCCGGUUGAUAACUCCUCAGAUCGCCCAAGAAUUUUCGAUUUUAAAGUUGGAUCUGAAGUUAGGCGCGCUGUCUCAAGCGGAAUUGGUACACUCUUUGGAAAAAACCUCGAUUGCCUCGUUGCUUGAUGGAAAGAUCAGUCAAAGCAUCAAGCACCUUUUGUCCCUGCGGGACCGGAUUGAAGACACUUCCAGCAAGGUGCUGGUGACGGGAGACUUGAACGCCGGUAAAUCCACAUUCUGUAACGCUCUUUUGCGACGAAAGGUCUUGCCAGAGGACCAGCAGCCCUGCACCAGCAUUUUCUGUGAAGUUCUCGAUGCUCGCGAGAAUGGCGGAAUAGAGGAAGUGCACGCCGUUCACAAGGACACCCAGUACAACCGCAACGACGAGAGCACAUACGAUGUCUAUCCCCUGGCGGAACUCGAAAACAUCGUCAUUGACAACUCCAAGUACAUGCAGUGCAAGGUGUACGUGAAGGACGUGCGAUCUAUAGACGAAUCUUUGCUCAACAACGGUGUGAUUCCCCUCAAGACAACGGCUGUCUUUGCUCGACAGGAGGAGAUCGAUGUCGUUGUUUUUGUGGUGUCCGCCGCUAAUCACUUCACACUUUCGGCGAAGGAGUUCAUUCUCAAUGCUGCUCACGAGAAGGCCUACAUUUUCAUGGUUGUAAAUGGCUUCGAUCAGAUUCGAGACAAGCAGCGAUGUGAGCGCAUGAUUCUCGACCAGGUGGGCAAACUCAGCCCUCGCACCUACAAGGAGGCCGCUGAGUUGGUUCACUUUGUUUCGAGUAAUGCUAUCCCUGUCGCUCCUCCUGGAUCUAUCGCACAGUCCGGCUCAAGUAGUGGUGGCGGGGGCGAUGGCGGUGAUCCUCACAAUGAUGAUGAUGACGAUUCCACGGGUAAAGGUAAAGGCAAGGGCAAGGAAAAGGAAAAGAUCCAAGACUUUGAGAAUCUGGAAGGGGCUCUUCGCCGCUUCGUCCUCGAAAAGCGGUCACGAUCUAAGCUCGCCCCUGCUCGCACCUAUUUGCUCAAUCUUCUAGCCGAUCUCAAUUCCCUAGCCACUGUGAACCGUGACGUUGCUCAGUCAGAGCUGAAGCGAGUCAUUGAUGAGCUGGCUGAACUCGAGCCUGCUUAUGAGAAUGGCAAGAAGCAGAAGGCCGAGCUGGCGGAGGGUGUCAACAAAGCCAUUGAUGACUCCUGUGACGACGUUUACAACCACACUCGGGCUACUUUGACAGAAACUAUCGCCCAAGUAUCCAAGGCUGACCUCGGGGUCGAGUACCCUGGCAUCUUUGCAGCGUUCCAAUACGCGGAGGACUUGAAACACGCCAUGCUCGAGCAAAUCUCGUUGGCUGUCAACGGCUGUGAGGAUUACGCUCGUGACAAGACCGUUCAAGGGGUUGGUUUCAUUCAGAACAUCGGCCUGUUGCAUGUUGGCGAGGACAAGUUCUCCGCUCUCAACUUCCGGGCCGAUCUUAUGUUCCGUCGUGGCCGCCGUCAUACCCUGGCUCGGCAGGUUGAUACCGAGGUGGAACUCUGGGACUUCUUCGACGUUGCUGGUCUCUGGGAGCGUCAAGAGAAGAUGGCCGGAACUGGUGUUGCAAUGACCGCAGUCACUGUUCUCGGUAGCAGAGCCUUUGGUGGCUUCAGCUGGGUGGACAGCGCCUUGAGUGCUGCCAAGGUUCUUGGUCCGAACAACUUACGACGACUAUUCUUCCCUGGUAUUCUCGCUGCUGCUGUCUUGGCUACUGCUUACGUGCUGUCUACUAUCCCGACAACUUUGCCUCCCCGUUUAUCAAAGAAGAUUGCUGCAACCCUUUCUGAGAUGGACUACGUCCACUCUAAUGCCAACCGCAUCUCGACUGAGGUUCGACGCAUCCUUCGCCUUCCAGCUAACAAUCUCCAAGCAAGCCUGGCUCAGGAUAUUGAGGACCUUGGUCGUCGCAAGCAGGAAGUCAGCAAGGUCAGGCAAGAAAGCGAAGUUGCGACCAAGUACUUUGCCAAUCUCUUCCGCGAGAGCGGAGAAAACCGCCGCUCUGUGGAAGACCUUGAUCUCGACGGCCCCUUACCCGGUGCCAUGGGUGCCUUCGACCCAUAA